AUGGAACGUUUUAUGCGUAAUAUGGGUCUUGGACAAUUGCCUCGAGAUUUACAAGGUGGUGGAUCUCAAGGUGAUACUCCUAUGGUUGAUACAGCCGAACAAGUUUAUAUAUCCUCAUUAUCACUUCUUAAAAUGCUUAAGCAUGGUCGAGCUGGUGUACCUAUGGAAGUCAUGGGUUUAAUGCUGGGUGAAUUUGUUGAUGAUUAUACAGUACGUGUUAUUGAUGUUUUUGCUAUGCCUCAAUCGGGUACUGGCGUUAGUGUUGAAGCUGUUGAUCCUGUAUUUCAAGCUAAAAUGCUUGACAUGCUCAAACAAACAGGUCGACCUGAAAUGGUCGUUGGCUGGUAUCAUUCACAUCCAGGUUUUGGCUGUUGGCUAUCGGGUGUAGAUAUAAAUACUCAACAAAGUUUUGAAGCUUUAACUGAGCGUACUGUUGCUGUUGUUGUUGAUCCAGUUCAAAGUGUUAAAGGCAAAGUUGUUAUUGAUGCUUUUCGUCUUAUUAAUCCAAAUUUGUUUGUACUCGGGCAAGAAGCUCGACAAACUACAUCAAACUUAGGUCAUCUAACGAAACCAUCGAUUCAAGCGUUAAUACAUGGUCUUAAUCGUCAUUAUUAUUCGAUAUGUAUAAAUUAUCGUAAAAACGACUUAGAACAAAAAAUGUUAUUAAAUUUACAUAAAAAAUCUUGGAUGGACGGUUUAACAAUACAAGAUUUUAAUCAACAUAACGAGCAAAAUACUAAUGUUGUUAAACAAAUGCUUGAUCUAUCUAAAAAUUAUAUUAAAUCAUUAGAAGAAGAAGAAAAUAUGACUCCAGAACAACUAGCAAUAAGAAAUGUCGGUAAACAAGAUCCAAAACGCCAUUUAGAAGAAAAUGUUGACGCUUUAAUAACAACUAAUAUUGUUCAAUGUCUUGCUGCUAUGAUGUCUUUAGUUGUAUUCAAAUAA